UAUGUAUGAUGUGUAUGUAUAUAUAUAUGUAUGUAAUUUUUUCUUCAUAAUUUUGUAUUUCUUUUCUGGGUUUAUUGCGUGUGUAUAUGAACAAACAAAAAGUUCAUACUUUUGUAAAGAUUCCAUUAUCUGAGUAUAUGGGUUUGUCUGCAUAAGAUCUGGCUUCUUUUCAGUACCAUGCCAGAUAUCUGCAAAGGAGCAAUGGUGAAGGAGACUGGGUACUAUGAUAUCUUGGGUGUCAGUGUUGAUGCAUCCCCUUCUGAGAUCAAGAAAGCUUAUUACCUCAAAGCAAGGAUAGUUCAUCCUGAUAAAAAUCCUGGGGAUCCAAAAGCUGCUCAAAAUUUUCAGGUACUUGGUGAAGCAUACCAAGUUCUUAGUGAUCCCGAGAAACGUGAAGCAUAUGACAAGAAUGGAAAGGAAGGCAUACCAGGAGACUUUAUGAUGGAUCCUGCAGCAGUCUUUGGGAUGCUUUUUGGAAGCGAGUUCUUUGAAGAUUAUGUUGGACAACUUGCUUUGGCUUCCAUUUCAUCAGUAGAAGUUGAAUUAGAAUGAGGACCUGAAAUUCGCAAGCAGAAAUUCCGUGAGAAGAUAAAGACAAUGCAAAAGGAGAGGGAAGAAAGGCUCAUCACGGUAUUGAAAAAUCGGCUUGAACCAUUUGUUGAAGGUCGAGUAGAUGAAUUCGUUAGCUGGGCAAAUUUAGAGGCGCAGCGCCUGUCUACAGCUGCUUUUGGUGAAGCAAUGCUACAUACCAUUGGUUAUAUUUACACAAGGAAAGCUGCAAGGGAACUUGGAAAAGACAAACGUUAUAUGAAAGUACCAUUUUUAGCCGAGUGGGUACGAGACAAGGGACAUUUGAUAAAAUCACAAGUAAUGGCCGCUUCAGGUGCUGUUUCUUUAAUUCAAAUACAGGACGAAAUGAAGAAACUGAACCAAGGAGAGAAUAAAGAAGAGAACAUUGUAAAACUGAUGGAAGCAAAAAAGGAUGCGAUGCUUCAAUCCCUUUGGAAUAUGAAUGUGCUUGACAUCGAGUCAACUUUAUCACGUGUUUGCCAAGCCGUACUCAAGGACCCAAGUGUAUCUAAGGAAGUUUUGAGGUUACGAGCAAAAGGACUUAAAAAGCUCGGAACUAUCUUCCAGGGUGCCAAGAUUGCUUAUAGCAGAGAAAACAGCCUGCGCCAUGAGACGGAAAAGUUGGAUGCUGUGGCUUCAACAUCGUGAAACUCGGUCUCAUUCUUGGAUUUACAGCUGCAGAAAGCUCUUUUUGUUUAAAAUUCAUACAGUGGUUAUACAUAUAACUUGUAUGAUGUUGAAAGGGAUCUAUCCCUUGUAUUAUUCAUUUUCUGCUGGCUGUAGAUUUGUGCUUGGGUAUAUUAGCCUGCAGUUUCUUAGUUGAUGUGGAAAGUCGGUGCCUCUACAAUCUCUAAACAUGCCCAUUUUACUUGGAGGAAAAUCCAGUUUCAUUUUCCA